AUGGCAAAAUCGGACUACGAGAGCGACGAGCUGCUGGACAGCGAGGAGGACUACGAGCUCGAGAGCGAGGACGAGUACGAGGAGUACGGCCAGGACGAGGACGACGAGGAGGUGAUCCCGAAACGGCGCGGUCGGCCGCUGAUCGAGGAGGCCGUGGUGCAGGACGUGGGCAAGCGGCGCCGGGCCGCGCCGCGCACGUACAGGGAGCCGACCGAGGACGAGCUGCCGUAUUCUGAGGACCUAGACGAAUCUGCCGACGGGUCGAGCGCGUCGACGGACCUUGCGCGGAUGACGGAGCGCCAGCGCGCGAAAUACAUGGAGGCCGCCGACGAGGACAGCGAGCGCCAGGCCAGCAGCGAGCUGCUGGAGCUGACGAACGAGCGCAGCAAGAAAAAACAGUUUACAGAGGAGGAGCUGCAGCUGCGCCGGCUCGAGAACGCGCGCAAGCGCAAGAACUUCACGAUGAAGCGGCUUGAGAUGGAGAAGCAGGACACGCUGAACAAGUUAUUGCUCAAGCGGGCCGACAAGGUGCGCAAUCUCAAGAACCUCGAGGGCAAGGAGUACGGCGACGAGGAGCCGGCACCGGCCGAGGCCCCGCGGCGGCCGGUGCUUGUGCACCCUGCUUUCUGCUCCCCGCCCCACAUUGCUAGCGUGGGUGGUGGGUGUAUUAAAAAACAAAACCGGGCUGUGGAAUUUUCUUAUGGCUCGCCAGAUUCUCGCCACCUGUGGGGCGACCGUGUGCUUCGACCGGCUCGUCCAGUGCGUCCUGGACAAAAGGUUUUUUGCGCUCGUACUACGGCUGGGCUACGAUCGGCUGGUGGUGCAGUACGGCAAAACCGCCGCCGGCAGAGAAUUGGUGGCGAAACUGACAUCCGAGUAUACGGUGCGCGACAACGUGUUCACGGUGAACAGGCUCGAGGUGGAGUUGCUGGCGUUCGACCCGGAUUUUGUGAGAAACUACACCGCGCAGAGCGAUCUGGUGAUUUCUCACGGGGGCACCGGGUCCGUGUUGGACACGUUGCGCUGCAACAAAAAACUUGUCGUGCUGAUCAACACAGAGCUCGCAGACAACCACCAGCUCGAGAUUGCGGAGGCGUUUGA